GCAGAGACUGCAGUCGUGUGCGCACUUUGACGACGAUCGGCGGCGAUCCGUUUGACGUCUUAUAUGCGUUUGUACACGAUCGAGCGAACGGCGACUCCUCUCCUCGGAGCUGACGACACUGACAGUGCGCUGACCGCGACAACAAAGGCAGCAGUGGGCGAGCGCUCCAAUUAAUUCGUUCCCGACCGACGACAGUCUCCGCAUCGUCGGCACGUCGUCGCAUGACAUUCGUCACCGGAGUCGUCAUCGUCCAAAAAUACCGGUCGACGGCGGAACGACGAUCGAGGGGGUGAGAUCGGCCGAUCCCGUUCGAGCGACAUUGAGGACAGUUCGAGACCGCCCACGAUCAUGGACAAGACGAAGCUGGUGAGCAACGAUCUGGAGCUGCCGCCGCUACGCAGCCUGGACGACUUCCUGCUGGAGUCGGCGCGCUUCCAACUACCGAAUCUCAAGGACCUGGAGAAGUGGGGCAACCGGGUGGUCAACAAUCUCCUGUACUACCAGACUAACUACUUGUUUACGUCCGUCGUCAUCUUCCUCAUCGUUGGAUUGAUCCAUCCUGUCAAAAUGCUGGUGGGCAUGCUGGCGAUGCUGGCGAUCUUGGCUACGUUCGCCUACGUAUCCAUGGAAGGGAGCACGAUACACAACUUCAAAAGGCAAUAUCCCGUGGUUGGAGUACUGUUUAUAAUAAUCGCUGGAUGUUUCAUAACGUACACUCUGGGAUCUCUCCUAGUUUUCUUUCUGGGCAUUCUGUUACCUAUCUGCGUGACCUUUAUACACGCCUCGUUGAGAUUAAGGAAUAUCAAAAACAGGAUUGCCAAUAAAAUCGAGGGCAUUGGCUUGAAACGUACGCCGAUGGGGGUGUUUCUGAAGCAUCUCGAAGAUGUGACUGGUAUGACUUUGCGUGCACAGACAUCACUCAUACAACCGCCUCACUAAUAUCCCGCUUUGUGCGUCAAGUUGUUUUUAUCAAAUUGACAAAAAAAAAUUAAUGUCAAUAACCAUUAAUGUUUGCUGCCACUGCUGCUGUUUUAAUUGGACUGCGGCGUUCCGCGGAUCGUCGACAUUAUCGUAGUGAAAUAAAAAUCUUGUAGCACUUUUUAGAAUACAAAUUUGGCUGAUAUAACUUAACACGUGUGACUAGAAGCACGAACGAACUUGUGCUGUGUGAUAGUGAUUUUUAGCCACAGAAUUAUACAUUAUUUAGUAAAAUCAACGAAUUAUAAUGUAAUAUAUCAAAUAUUUUUUUACAAUACCAAAUGUUGAAUUUAUAUAUUUAUAUUGAGAAUUGUAUUAUUUUCUCUUGUGAUUCGUAAGACUGUUUUAACGGGAAUAUAAUACAUAUAUUUUUUGAAUGCUAUAUACAGGUCAGAUAAUGUCUACCAAAUAUUCUGAAUGCUAAUUAUGUAAAUGUCAAUACUUAAAAAUCAAAAUGACUGAAGCUUUACAUCCGUACGGUAUUUAUGGAACAGAUUAUAUUUUGAAUUAAUUUGUAUAUAUAUUUAUGUAUAUAUAUUGUAUGAAUAUAAGUAACAUGUAUGUAAAACACACGCACAUGGCAAAUUGUUUUCACAACACUUCGUUAUAUAUUAUAUCAUUUUUAUUCUAA